CCGGCGACAGCCGCCAGUCGCCGCUCAGCAAGUCGACGGUCUGCACGGUGCACUCGCAUCCUGCUGCUCGCGACCACUGCCAUACCGCGCGCGGACUUUUUCAACACUUUUAAAUUCUUUAAACUAAAAUUUUUAAUUACUUUAUUUUAAUUUCAAAAUGAGGCCCAUUAUAUUUUUUAAGUUUUUAUUACUUUUCAACUUUUUUACUUUAACUUUAUCGAAACACUGCCCGGCCAGGUGCCAAUGCUUUCGUAGCAAGGUCGCAUGUCUACACCAGGACCUUUCGACGGUCCCAAAGCCGGCAGCCGAUACCCACAGUCUGGACCUACGCUUCAAUAAGAUCACGGACAUAGAGCCGGGAGUGCUGUCCCACCUGCAUUCGCUGCGCUCCUUGCUGCUCAAUGACAACCGGCUACGACAACUGGUCUCCGGCACCUUCCAUGGACUCCGCAAGCUCAAGUACCUGUACCUGUACAGGAACCGCAUCCAAUACAUCGAGCAAGACGUGUUCCAAGGACUCGAGCACUUGGAACAACUGUACUUGCACAUUAACGAGAUCCACCAAAUCGACCCGCAAACCUUUUCCAAUUUGCCACAUUUGGAGAGAUUAUACUUACACAACAAUCACAUCAAGAGGAUUCCAGCAGGAUCAUUCUCGGACAUGCCUAAACUGCGCAAGCUACGUUUAGACAGUAAUGCCCUUAUAUGUGACUGUUCGAUGCUGUGGCUAGUGAAGAUGAUGUCCCAACAUAACGAUAUGUACAUCGACGCCACGUGUUAUCAGCCUGCUCGAGUCACAGGAAUGCCACUUUCUAUAAUGGAAGAACGGGACUUCGAAUGCAAAAUUCCCGAAAUCCAGAAGGACCCAGAGGACAUUACAGUGAAUUUCGGAGAUGCAGCUAUGUUCACUUGUGUCGUUACUGGCGACCCCACCCCUGAGAUAGUUUGGCUACGAGACUCUAACGAAAUUCCUAUCGACGGGACCCGUUACGAAGUUAUGGAUAAUGGAACUCUGAUGCUCCACGACAUUAGCGAUGUUGACACUGGAUAUUUCGAAUGCAUGGCUAAAAAUCCUGUCGGUGAAGUGCACUCUAAACCAGCUAAAAUGACGGUUCAACGAAAACGAGAUAGUGAGAAUUUGGAGAACGCCGCUCCUGUAUUUACCGUAAAACCACAAAAACAGUUUGCCAAGCUUGAGCAGGAGUCGAUUAACUUUGACUGUGCCGCAAAUGGACAUCCAAAACCUCACGUUGCUUGGCGAUUCAAUGGCGAAAGGAUUUUAUUAAAUGAACGUAUUUCAAUACGAUCAAAUGGAUCUAUUUUUAUUGCUAACAUCCAAGAGUCGGAUGCAGGCUUGUACACGUGCUUGGUUGAAAACAUUAAUGGAAAAGUGAACGCAUCUGCAGCGCUGGAAGUGAUGGUUCCGCCCACAUUUAUCCUGGAACCACAUAACAAAACGGUAAGACUUGGAGACGACGUGGAAUUUAUAUGUACUGCUAAAGGAGUACCGAAGCCACUUAUCAACUGGUUUAGAAAUACAUUAGUUUUACCCUUAUCUGAAAACAUCAUUUUGAGUGAUAACAACCAAAAUUUAACCAUUCUGUCAGUCACUGAAGAUGAUGAAGGUAUAUACCACUGCAGAGCAGAAAACGCUGAAGGCUAUGUUGAAGGAUCAGCUUUCUUAACUAUUGAGAAUUAUGAAAUUAUUCGCCCACGUAUUGUAUUGAAACCUGAGGACACUGACGCUUAUCGAGAAUCAUCCGUUCAGUUACCUUGUGAAAUUGAAAGUGAGCCUCCUGCCACAGUAGAGUGGAGAAAAGACGGUUCGUACUUAGAUGAUAGUCGAAAACAUUCAAUAACAAUAAUUGGAAGCUUAAUCCUGCAUAAUUUGACAGUAAGAGAUACUGGCAGAUAUGAGUGUUCAGUUUUCAACGAAUACGGCCGCGAUACCGCGUCAGCGUUCUUAACUGUUAAAGACCGUGUUAUACCUGGCGACGAAUAUGUCAAUAUAGCACUGACUGAAGCCACAAGAGAUGUUGACCUCGCUAUAGAGCGAACCAUGGAUGAGUUAUUUAACAACAAUAACACUUCCAAAACAGAUAUUAGUCGAUUAUAUCGAAUUACGAGUUUCCCGAAUGCACCAGCUAGAGAAGUAGCUCGCGCUGCUGAAAUAUAUGAACGAACUUUAGAUAAAGUCAGGGAUUUUAUUCAAACUGGCCAUAAGGUAACUUCGACUGAACCGUUCUUAUACCAAAACGUAUUAUCCAAUCAACAUCUUGAGGUAAUUGCACGUCUAUCUGGUUGUGUCGCUCAUAGAGACAAAAACGAUUGUUCUGAUAUGUGUUAUCACAGCAAGUACCGUAGUUAUGAUGGAAGUUGUAACAAUUUUGCUCAUCCUACUUGGGGAUCAUCACUAAGCGGAUUUAGACGAAUUCUCUUCCCUAUAUAUGAAAACGGAUUUAGUCAACCGGUAGGAUGGAACAAAGGCAUUAAAUAUAAUGGCUUCUCGCUACCAAGCGCUCGUCUGGUAUCUACUUCUAUAAUAACUACCGAAGAUAUUUCUGAAGAUCAACAGUUGACCCACAUGGUCAUGCAAUGGGGCCAGUGGUUAGACCAUGACUUAGACCAUGCUUUGCCUUCAGUGAGUUCACAGACAUGGGACGGCGUAGAUUGUAAGAAGACCUGUGCUUAUGCAGCACCAUGUUUUCCAAUAGACGUGCCUCCUAAUGACCCUCGGGUCACCAACCGUCGUUGUAUUGAUUUUAUCAGAACGAGUGCAGUAUGUGGUUCCGGUAUGACAUCGGUUCUGUUCGGAACCCUGCAACCACGAGAGCAAAUCAAUCAACUGACGUCUUUUAUAGAUGCGUCACAAGUAUAUGGUUUUGAAAAAUCUGUAGCAGAAGACCUAAGAGACUUAACGAAUGAAAACGGAUUAUUGCGUGUAGGUGUGACUUUCCCAGGCAGAAAGCCUUUACUUCCCACCGUUGGUAUUAAUGGAAUGGACUGUAGGCGGAAUUUGGAUGAAAGCAACCGCAAUUGUUUUGUGGCUGGUGACAUCAGAGCUAACGAACAAAUUGGUUUAGCAGCAAUGCAUACCAUUUGGAUGCGUGAGCAUAACCGAAUCGCCAUACAAUUAAAAGUAUUGAAUCCAUUUUGGGAUGGUGACCGAGUUUAUCAAGAAGCAAGAAAGAUUGUAGGGGCACAGAUACAAAUCAUUACUUACGAGCAUUGGCUCCCAAUUAUUUUGGGCAAAGAAGGAAUAAAUCAACUAGGCCAUUACAAAGAGUAUGAUCCUAACCUGAAUCCGUCAGUGUCUAACGUGUUCGCGACUGCUGCUUUACGAUUUGGACAUUCUAUGAUAAAUCCACUACUACACCGUUACGAUGAAAACUUUGAACCAAUCGCGGAAGGCCAUCUUUUACUUCGUCACGCCUUUUUCUCUCCCUGGAGACUCGUAGACGAAGGUGGGGUAGAUCCUUUAUUGCGAGGCAUGUUUACAACACCAGCUAAGCUAAAAACUCCUACACAAAAUUUAAAUUCCGAAUUAACUGAAAAGUUAUUUUAUAGUGCCCACGCCGUUGCUCUUGAUUUGGCAGCUAUCAACAUCCAGCGAAGCCGCGAUCAUGGUAUUCCUCCAUACACAAAAUGGCGCCAAUUCUGCAAUAUGUCAGAAGUAAAUGAUUUUGAUGAUUUGGCUGGAGAAAUUAGUGACGAAACGGUACGUGAAAAGUUGAGGGAGCUCUAUGGAUCCGUGCAUAACAUUGACGUUUGGGUUGGUGGUAUCCUUGAAAAUCAAGUAGAAGGUGGUAAAGUAGGGCCCCUAUUUAGAUGUUUGCUUGUUGAGCAGUUCCAACGUCUUCGAGAUGGAGAUAGGUUCUGGUAUGAAAACCCAUCCGUUUUCAAACCCGAUCAAUUACGGCAAUUAAAAGAAACAAGUCUGGCACGAAUCCUCUGCGACAAUGGUGACAACAUUGAUACAAUUGGUGAAAACGUGUUUCUUCUUCCUGAGGUUCAAGACGGUAUGGUUUCUUGCGAGGACUUGCCAUCAAUGGACUUACGCUACUGGGCUGACUGCGAAAGUUGUGGCGAUAACGGAGGACUGGAACGAUCAAAACGGCGAGCUCGCAGAGACACUGAAAUGGAGGAUGAUAUUCUAAUUGAUAAAGCGCGCAUUGAUGGCCUGGAAGAUUCACAACAUGAUAUCGAGAACACUAUUGCAACGCUGAAAAAACGAAUCGAGCACUUGGAAGAGACCUGCAAAGCGGAAUAAAUGGUUAUUUGCAUACAUGCUGUUAUUUUGGAAAUGUUUUAAAAUUUUUAGAAGCCUAUUCUAAAUACACCUAUAAUGUUUCUACUAUCUUUUUACACAAAAGCUUUAAACCUAUCAUACGUGGUCCAACUAAUUAAGAUUAAUUUAACUUUCUAUUCCCCUAUUAAUUUAAUUGCCUUCUCUUCAAGUUACUGAUCAUGACACCUUUGCUCUUAAUUGUGAUUAAGUUUGCGCUAUCUAUUUAUUGUUCAGUAAUUUCGACAUGAUUGAUAUAAGUAUAAAAAUGUUGGAUGCCUACACAAACUAAGGUAGGUAACUAAAUGCGAUCUGUACCAAAUGCCUGUUUUUACAAAAUGUGUAGGUAGGUACUUAACCGUGUCCGCAAACAGCCAAAAUCAGGACAAAAGUAUUAGAAGUAAGGAACUGUUUAAUUCAUUACGUGUAUUGUAAAUGUUAUUUUUAUGAUGUGUUUAAUAAUUUUCUAUUUUUAUAUGUUAUGAUAUUCUGUGUUUUUCGUUUUUUACGAUGGGCAGCCGAGCUACAUAGUACGCCUCUAUUUUAAUUCUUAUUGAGUUUGGAGACGAAAAAAUCAUAACUGUUGUGCGUACUUUUUAAUAACUGGAUAUUUGUGUAGCCCAGGAUUUAUAAAAUUUGUUUAUGAUUUCGUUUCACAUGUGUUAUUAGAAAUGUUAUAAUUUCCUAUUUUUAAGGGCACUCAUUCGUCAAAUAAUUUUUAAUUAAAAAUGAUAAAAUAGCGCCGCCGCAAAUACCUAUAUCUGUACUACUCAAUAUAAGUAGGUUCAACGAAUUUGAUAGAAAAUUCGAAUCACAUUAUCCUCGUUUAAAAGUUAUUUGACGAUUGUAAAAUUUAGCUGUGAGGCAAAUAUUCAAGUAUUAGCUAACACAUGUAACCAUUUAAAAUGCAUAUUUAACCGCGUUAACAUGUAAACUGUUUGAAUCAAUAUUAUAUCUGUAGUCGUAAUAUUUAUUGGAGUAACUAUAACUCGACCCAUAUUGUGUAAUGUAAACUAAAUACCUAGUUGUAUUUAACAAACGUUUUACAAGCGUAACCAUCCGAACGGACGAAAAGCAUCUCAUUCUAAUAGGUAUCAUCUUUUGAUAAUAAAGUCUGUAUGACUUUGGUUUUAUAAUAACUUCUUCCGUGACAGUGAGACAUACUAAAUUAACUAAAAAUCGCGGGUUAUGAACUCAGGAUUUUUAUUAAAUUCUGUGGGACUGUUUGUGGGACAAAUCCACUAUCCACCAGCUACAAUUAUGGGUCGAAGUAUAGCAAUUAUUGAUUAAAUAGUUAAUAUUCAUUAAGGAAAUGUAUACCUACAUUUUAUCAACUAAGUUAUACUUACUAAUAUGUCAUGAAGGGUUAUCAAAGAGUAGAAAACCUCUCCCUAUGUAAGUUAUCAAGGAAAAUACCUAUCUAACACAAAGCUUGACUGCGUAAGAACUUAUAGAAAAGAAAAUUUAUUGCUUCUUCAUAUACUAGGUGUUAUAGAAUAAACGUAAAUACUUGCAGGUGCUGGGCCUGACCAUGAAAUCGAACCACUUUUGUUUCAGGAUUUUAAGAAAUCUAAAAAAAUAAUAUUUGAUGUUACCAUAUAGUUGACACUGCUCGAGAGUCAAUUUGUAUGAAAAACUGAGAGUAUGUUUAAUGGAUUUCGAAAAAUAGUAGGUAGCAAAGACAUGAGAUGCUGGAGUCCGUGGUCAAAAUUAGUUUCUACCAGUAAAGUUUUGUGUUAAUUCUGUUACCCUGUAUAAGUAACAACAGCGCAUUUAGCGAGUGUAAGGACUUACAUUUGUUAUAAUGGGUGCCUAUACGAUUCUAGGGUUUCCUGUACAACCUAAAGUUAAGUGGACAUUCAACAGGUACCGUACAGGUACAAAGAAAGCUGUAUUACAUAAUUCACACAUCACGUACCUACUCUUUUAAAAAUACGUGUCUUUCAAAAAAGACCUAAGUGCAAUCAAGGCUUCUAGAGCUAUAGAAGAUACUGUUACAAGUGUAUAACAACUUGAGGUUCAUUUACCAGCUUAGGAAUCGAUCCGUUAACUGAUACCUAAAUAUUGACAAACAAUUAGGUAGGUACUUGGAUAUUUUUACGCAUAGGUCCCUAUUUAAGUAGGUAAUUGGUUUCAGCUUUUGACUGCUAAUCUGACGAUUUUGGGUCAUAAUCGGAUAUUUUAUUUUGACCGUAACUAGGUAGGUACUUAAGUACCUAUUCACUUGCUGGUACCUAUACCUACUGUCAUUUAUCGACUAUCGGUACCUAACCUUCUGAAAACAUUACAGCUAGUCAUUUCCUACAGUGCUCAUAUCAAAGAACGGAUCGAAAACUAAGACACGUAUUAAAGGUAUCCUUUCAUGAGGUAUUAAGUUCUAUAAGAUAAGGUUCGUCUGUAAAGGGGUAAUUUUAAUAAUCUGCUAAUUGCUUGACAGUAAAACCUAGAUCGAAAUAGGAUAAAACCGUGGACGUUUUUGACUUGACAAGACAAGAAAAAGAGUCUCAAAAAACAAACAUUUUGUUACACAAUGGACUUGUGAAGCGUAAUUUUGUCACGCAGUUAGAUUGCAGGACUACCUAUCUAAAUAUAGUAGACUAGCGGACCCAACAGACGUUGUCCUGCAUAUCCACUUGAAUGUAUACACAAAAAAUCAUUCAAAAUAUUUCAGC